CCUCGACGUCCUCAGGCUUCUUCGAGGGAAAAGUGUUGUUGUGAAAAAUACAGCUAGAAGCUCAGCAGGAGCUCUGUCCGUCCAAAAUACCGAGUCAUUGUCUCGGAAACACAGGACCUUCGCUGUCGUCGUCCAGCCACGACCAGCAAAGAUGACAGAGCUGAGGCACCGAGGGGCCAAAGACACGGAGCCGACGUUACAGCAGCAGACGUCAGAGGACAAGGGUUCUGACAGUGAACUGAAGGUGGAAAAAGAUGGUGUGUCGGACAGUGAAUCAAAAGUGGACUCAGGGGUCCCAGAGGUGCCAGUCCCUCCAGAUGACACUCCCGAGGUUCUAAACAAGGCUCUAUCUGGACUUUCCUCAAGGUGGAAGAAUUGGUGGGUACGAGGCAUCCUGACACUUGCCAUGAUCUCCUUCUUCUUCAUCAUCAUUUACCUGGGCCCCAUGGUGCUUAUGAUGAUUGUCCUCUGUGUUCAGAUCAAGUGCUUCCAUGAAAUCAUCACCAUCGGUUACAGUGUCUAUCACUCCUACCACCUCCCCUGGUUCAGGACGUUGAGCUGGUACUUCCUGCUGUGUGUGAACUACUUCUUCUACGGGGAAACUGUCACGGAUUACUUCUUCACUCUGGUGCAAAGAGAGGAGCCGCUUCGCAUACUCAGCAAAUACCACCGCUUUAUCUCCUUUGCCCUCUACCUCACAGGUUUCUGCAUGUUUGUGCUGAGUCUGGUGAAGAAGCACUACCGGCUCCAGUUCUACAUGUUUGGUUGGACCCAUGUGACUCUGCUGAUAGUGGUGACUCAGUCUCACCUUAUCAUCCACAACCUGUUUGAGGGGAUGAUCUGGUUCAUUGUGCCAAUUUCCUGUGUGAUCUGUAAUGACAUUAUGGCCUACAUGUUUGGUUUCUUCUUCGGCCGCACCCCUCUCAUUAAGCUGUCACCUAAGAAGACAUGGGAGGGUUUCAUCGGCGGGUUCUUCGCCACCAUCGUGUUUGGCAUCAUGCUGUCCUAUGUGAUGUCUGGCUGGCGUUACUUUGUGUGUCCUGUGGAGUUCAACAACGACUCCAACAGUUUCCAGGUGGACUGUGAGCCGUCUGAGCUGUUCCAGCUUCAGGACUACGCUCUGCCCAGCAUCCUGGAGUCUGUCACUGGAUGGACCACGGUACGUCUCUAUCCAUUCCAGAUCCACAGCAUCGCUCUGUCCUCCUUUGCCUCCAUCGUGGGACCUUUUGGCGGUUUCUUUGCCAGCGGCUUCAAAAGAGCUUUUAAGAUCAAGGAUUUUGCCAACACCAUCCCAGGUCAUGGUGGAAUCAUGGACAGAUUCGACUGCCAGUACCUCAUGGCUACGUUUGUCAAUGUCUACAUAGCUAGCUUCAUCAGGGGCCCAAACCCCAGCAAAGUGAUCCAGCAGCUCCUGGCCCUCCGAGCCGAUCAGCAGCUCCACAUCUUCAACUCCCUGAAGACUCACCUGACGGAGAAGGGCCUGCUGCCAGCUCUGGAGGAGGCCGCCGCCUAGAGCCACCCACACCGGCUCGCCCCCGAGAGGGAAACCAGAGAGGAGGGCAGCACCCGAGGGCCCUGUGCAGCUUCAGAGCUCAGCUUGGGAGACUCACAAUGCUUCGAGUGAGCUAGAACACAUUUGACAAAAAACAAAAAGAACAUCAAAAAACUACAGCCUUGGGUCAUUCCAUUUCGUUUGGGUAUGAGAGUGGAGCAUUUUUGUGUUCAUGCAGUCUGUGAAUCAUGUUUCUGACACCAGUGUUUUCAGGUUGAGUUAGUGAAUUACUGUACUGUUACACAUUAUAGGCAACUUCUAUCUAUUCACAAUUUUGAACUGUCAGUCAGCUGUACAUUUCUACCUGAUAACCUCUAUGUACUUAAUAAUGUGUGUUGAUAUUUUAUUGUUCUUUUUUGUUUUGAUGCACUGCUCUCAGCCCUGUUUUUCACUGUAUUGUUACCCCAGGUGCUCCCCCUCGCCAAAUUUUUGUUUUAAUUUUCUUUGUUGUGAUUGUUUCUAUUUAUACAUAGAUGGUUUUAUAUUUGGUAUGUUCUAUUAUAUCUUAAAGCUGUCUGUUUUAUCAGACUGAGACCAUAUUUAACAUCAGCCAUGUGCAUUUAAGUGUCAUAGUCUUGAGUUUUUCAUUGUCGUUUAUGUCAAAGCCUUUGUUCAGCCAAGUCAUUCAUAUCAUCACAUCAUUAGUUAUCAAGCAGCAAUGCCCUAAGAUGAACAGUGUAGUUAGCCUGUGGGAUUUGGAGGGAUCACAGUCUUCUAAAUACAGAAUCCAGUCUAAGAGUAUUGAUUUUGUGUUGCAAGGAGCAGUCACUGAUGCUUCAUGGGAUUGUGUUUUAAAUCAAAAGAAACCUCUGAAGGAAGAGUCACAAUCUCCCCUCACCUGAUCGCUUUGUUUUAAUGGCAGAAGGAGAAGAAUGAGGGUGCUGUCUUGUUUUAUAUUUGUUCUGUCUCAAGACAUUUCAUCUUUAAGAAAGAUCUUUUUACACGUCCUUAGGAUGGAUGGGAUUGCUGUUUUUAUUUGUAAUAUUACAGAGACGGGGCCAGAAUGAUAAAGGGCACAAUGAUGCAUCUACACUGCCAAUAUCUGCUUUUGUGUGCUCUUUCCUUACAAUGUUCCCAGCUCAGAGCAGAAAUAGACCAUCAGUGGUCAGCUUGAUUAAAGCGUUUAUGCCGUU